ACGUGGCUUCGGCGAACUUUUACGGAUUUCUGGUUCUAAUAAAAACCAUUUUCCUGUUUCACGAGCGGUUUUGUGUUAAAGACUCCCGCGAUUUUGAUCUGGUUUCCCGUCCAUUCUUACUGUUCGAACUAGGCGAGAGAUCUGCUAAAUAGCCAUGGAUCUGAUCUCAGGAGCUUUAAUUUUUCAGCUCUAGCGAGUGCCUUGGAUUUCUUCUUCGAGCCUGGUUAUUCAGUGAAGAAUUGGAGGAUUUGGUGUCUGAUCUGCUUCUCUCGAGUUGUUUCAGUUUGAGUUUUAGUGGUCUUCGGAAGAAUUGAUUUGAUUUUACAGCUAUGACGUCGGGAACGAGGCUUCCGACAUGGAAGGAGAGGGAGAAUAACAAGAGGAGAGAGAGGAGAAGGCGAGCUAUAGCAGCGAAAAUCUAUGCCGGUCUGCGAUUGUAUGGGAACUAUAAGCUUCCUAAACACUGCGACAAUAAUGAGGUUCUGAAAGCUCUCUGCAACGAAGCCGGUUGGACUGUGGAAGAAGACGGCACCACCUACAGAAAGGGAUGCAAGCCUGUGGAGCGCAUGGACAUGGUUGGAGGGUCUGCUUCAGCAAGUCCGUGUUCUUCGUACCACCCCAGUCCAUGUGCAUCGUACAACCCAAGCCCAGCCUCAUCUUCCUUCCCUACUAGCCCAGCUUCAUCCUCUUAUGCGGCCAACGCCAAUGCCAAUGCUGAUGGCAAUUCCCUCAUCCCAUGGCUCAAAAACCUUUCGUCUGCAUCAUCUUCGGCCUCUUCUUCAAAGCUUCCCCACCAUCUCUUCAUUCAUUGUGGCUCCAUAAGUGCCCCCGUCACCCCUCCACUUAGCUCUCCGACUGCCCGCACUCCUCGACUAAAGACUGAUUGGGAUGACCCAGCAGCUGGCCCAGCCUGGGGUGGACAUCACUACUCAUUCCUACCAUCUUCUACCCCACCAAGUCCUGGACGCCAGAUCAUCCCAGAUUCUGCAUGGCUUGCGGGUAUACGGAUCCCUCAAGGUGGACCAUCAUCUCCUACAUUUAGCCUCGUCUCAUCAAACCCAUUUGGCUUCAAGGACGAAGCUUUAGCUGGUGGGGGCUCUCGCAUGUGGACGCCUGGGCAAAGUGGGACAUGCUCACCGGUUGUUGCUGGGGGCUCGGACCAGACUGCUGAUGUUCCUAUGUCUGAUGGGUUCUCUGAUGAGUUUGCUUUUGGAAGCAACGCAACAGGACUAGUGAAGCCUUGGGAAGGAGAAAGGAUCCAUGAAGAAUGUGGGUCCGACGACCUAGAGCUCACUCUUGGGAGUUCAAGGACCAGAUAAAUGGGGGCGUGAGAGAAAGAAAGAGAUAUAUGAAGUGUCCAUCUUCUCUUGCUUUAGCUUUCUGGUUCGUUGUGAAAAUGGAACAGGUUACUUGUUAUUCAUGGAUUACUGAAUCAGAAUUUGGUUUGGGAAAAAAGGUAGAGAAGACUAAAAAGAAAAAUGAGUAAUCCAUCUAUUAGAGGUGGGAAAGGGAUUAGUAGAGGCUGGAGAUUGAGGAAGGAUACAGGGUAGAAGUGGUUGUUCCAUCCCUUUUUUUUUUUUUUUUUAAUCCAAAUUUUAAAUUAUAUAUAGUUUAUGAUGGUGGGGUUUAAUCCCUCUCUCUUUUCCUUGUUAUUUUUUUUUUUUUCACCUAUUUUCUUUUUCCUGUUUUAUUCAAAUUUUAGUAUACAGAUAUUGAUUGGUGUCUGUAAUUUUGGGUUUGCCAUUGAAAAGUAUGUUUAGUGGUUGUGCAAAAGGAUCCCCUCAAUCUCAAUGGCCAGCUCCAAUUGCAUUUGAAGGUGUGUGAUCCUUGUCUUUCUCCUUAUUAGUAUUUUAGUUUUCUUCA